AUGGAUAAAGAUUUCAAUUCCGUUUCGAAGGGAUUUCUACAAAAGGAAAAUAUCCCGGCUUUGGGAUUAUCCUUACUCUUCUCUAUUAUCUCUGCGGCUCUUAUUGGCUCUGUAUUUAAAGCCAAAUGUAAGACACUCCUUAUGUUCUGUUGUAACUGUUUUUUCAAGCCUUUUCUGCCAUCGUCUAGGAAACGUGCGAAGGAUUCUCAUCAGCUGCAAGCCUUGGAAUCAUUUUAUGAGGCUCAGGCUAAGAUUUACGAUGCCACUAGGCCAACAUUACUUAAAGGACGUGAAGAAUCCCUAAGGAUGGCUAUUUCUCAUCUUUCCAAAAAGGAUAACUUGGUCUGGAUAGAUGUCGGAGGUGGUACAGGCUUCAAUGUUGAACAGAUGAACCAAAUAUGUCCUCUUAUUGAACACUUUAAAGCCAUCUACAUCGUGGAUCUUUCUCCAUCUUUGCUUGAUGUUGCCAGGAAGAGAUUUGAAGCUAAGGGAUUAACCAAUAUCCAUUGUAUGCUUGCCGACGCUUGCACCUUCACUAUUCCCUACAUUUCCGCUGAUUUGAUAACCUUUUCUUACUCUCUUUCCAUGAUUCCUGGUUUUCAUUCCGCCAUUGAUCACGCUGCUACCUUACUUCAUAAGGAGGGCUUAAUCUGCUGCGUCGAUUUUGGUGUCCAAAGUGAGGUCAAUACUAUAGGUAAGGUGAACACCGUCGGAGGUAUGUCGGAUAGACAUAUUCCUUGGAUAUUGCGUACUUUCUGGAGAAUCUGGUUCGAAGCUGAUAGUGUCUUUCUCGACCCUGCAAGAAGAGAUUACUUGGAGUAUAGAUUCGGUACUGUAAAGUCCCUAAACCUUUAUAACAAGACUUUGGGAGAUAUUCCAUACUUCAUCUGGCUUGGGUGUGAUAAAGAAAGAUCCCCUUCAUUGUUAUACCGAGUUAACGCUUCUAUUACAGCAUCUCCUUAUUUGGCCCCUCAGGAUAUACCUAAGGGAAAGAUCCAAGAGCUGAAAACAAGUAAGAGUCACCAAGCUGUCAUUCAAAACGAAUCAAGAAAUUUGCCUUAUCCCUCUAUGUAUUAUCAGAGGGAUAUCUAUCGAAUUUACUAUGAUGAGCAAAGGCCAGAGUACAAUCAGUUCAACGAUCAGUACAUCUAUGCCUUCACUUGGGAAGAUCCGAAGGAGGAUAGCAAAUUAUUGCACCUCGGCAAGAACGAUUCAGUGCUUGCUAUCACCUCUGCUGGGGACAAUAUACUCUCCUACGCAAGUUUGCCUGAACCUCCAAGGAGAAUUCAUUGCGUAGAUUUAAAUCCAUGUCAGGGCCACCUUCUUGAGUUGAAGUUAGCAGCAUUCAAAUCAUCUCUCACUAGAGAAGAGAUCUGGCAAAUCUUUGGUAUUGGCAAAGUUGAAGACUUUAAAGAACUUCUUGUCGAAAGGCUGGCCCCUCAUAUGUCCUCAAAUGCUUUCCAAUACUGGUACAAAAUUGGUCCAAAAACGUUUGCAAUCAAUGGUAGAGGCUUGUAUCAUACUGGAUUUUCUAGAUGGCCUUUGAAGUUAGUAAGCUACAUUUUCAAAUUUGCUGGUGCCUCUGGAUAUGUGGAAGAGUUGUGCUCAGCUAAGACUUUGGAGCAGCAAAAGAAGAUUUGGUACACUCAAUUGAGGCCUCAACUUAUGAAUUCCAUCAUUUCCAAGCUUUUUAUCGAUAAUCCUAUUUUCUUGUGGAAGGCUUUAGGUGUUCCUGCCAACCAGACCGCUAUGAUGGGCUCGUCGGUGAUUAAAUACCUCGCAGAUACUCUCGAUCCCGUCAUUGAAACGUAUCUUGUUUCUAGUGAAAACUACUUUUACUAUCUUUGCUUGAAGGGACGAUACUCUAAAGAUAACUGUCCAGAUUACCUCACUAGAGCAGCAUAUGGCAGGUUCUCAUCAGACAAAGAUUGUCCCUUGGACCGUAUCAGAAUUCACACCGACUUUUUGAGUGAUGUAUUCGACAGAUUGAAUAAUAAUUCACUUACUGCUGCCAUUAUUAUGGACCACAUGGAUUGGUUCGCAAAAGAAGGAGCUGAGGUUGACGAGGAAAUCACUGCCUUGUAUCACGCACUUGCACCAAAUGGAAGAGUAUUGCUAAGGUCUGCCUCUCAGCAUCCAUGGUAUAUCAAACACUUUGAGAAUUUUGGAUUUAAGUGUGAGCCCGUAGGCAUCAGAAGGACAGGAGCUGCCAUUGACAGAGUUAAUAUGUAUUCCUCGACCUGGCUUUGUCACAAGAUUGUUGAAGAGACAAAGUUGAGCACUCUUCAGCUAUGA